GCUCCGAAGGUCGAUCCGGAGUUCAUCACUUUUGACGUUUCUCGGAAUCUCAAUUCAAAUUAAAUGAUAAUCGAGUACAUGGUUCAUAAGAAUUGUCAUGUCGGUUUUUACUGGCAUGAUGAGUAAUACGAAAUUGCGCAAUAUAUUGGCGCGAUAGAAAUCUGAGUCCCGUUAUUCUGUCGCGUGAAAUACUACUGAUUCGACGCUGCACUUCGUCACUAUGGCUUGGCUAGGAACGAUUGCAAACAAUGUGUUGCGAAAUAUUGUUUUCUCGGACACACCGCCGAAUGUUGUACAGGAAGUCCGACCAGAACAAUACACUAAUCGGCAUAUACAUUCCCGCGAAGACGGCAUCGUGCUCUACGGUCCCGGUGGUAAAAAUCAAGAAAAGUAUGAGAUCGUCCUGCAUAGACCUUGCACAGAAACUUUACAUCAGGCAUAUAGUCUGUUUCGAUCAGAAACCUUGGAAGGAGCAGACGCAAGAUUUUUAAUAUAUAAAGACAAGGUCCCUGUACUUGUGCAGAUAGUACGAGAGAUGUGCAAUGUUGGGAAAAUACAAAAGCUCUGCGACACUCUGACGGAACAUCCAACAUGGACUCUAGCUCAUCUUGCAGCUUACUUUGCGCUUCACGAUGCAUUCUUGCAUGCAAUCGUCAACAGUCAGCUCAAUAGUGGCGAUUUGGAAACCGGUAUCUCGCCUCUUCAAGUCGCGGUGCAGACUAACAAUCUGCGCACCGUCGAGAUGCUGAUAGCGGCAAAGAGCUCGCUGGAACAUUUAGACCAUAAUGCAAAUACCGUUUAUCAUUACGCAGCCACAUCCACCAAAGAAAUUAUUCUUGCUCUGGGUUCGGGUCUUCCAAAUAGUCUGAACAGCCGUAACAGCAACGGUCACACGCCCAUCCACGUCGCAUGCCACAACGACAAGCCCGAGUGUGUCAAGGCGCUUUUAUUGAUCGGCGCCGAUGUGAAUAUACCCGCUUCCGAAGGUCAGCCCUCCAGUCCUGGCUACGUUGGCGAUUUCUUGCACAACAAGCCGAACGUACUUCACGCGGAAGACAUGAAGUUCGGUGGCACACCGUUGCAUUGGUCACGCAGUCGGGAAGUAAUCACUGCGCUGAUCGAAACCAACUGCGACAUUGACGCGCUCAAUUUCGACGGACGCACCGCGCUGCAUGUGAUGGUGAUGCGUAAACGGUUACCUUGCGUGGUCGCCCUAUUGAGCCACAUGGCAUCCGUCAAUAUCGUCGAUAAGGACGGCAAUACGCCGCUGCAUCUGGCCGUCGAAGCGGAAACCUCGGCCAUCGUACAGGUGCUCCUCGGUUUCGGCGCCGAUGUCGACACACGGAACUGGAAAUCUGAGACGCCCAGGCACAAGGCGAACGUCGACACCACUGAGGGCAACAAGAUAAUUUACCUACUGCACGCGGUAGGCGCUGAGAGAUGUCUGAGGGACAUGAUGGACUGUCAUCUCGGCUGCAAGUACGGCGAGAACUAUACCGGCAUCGCCCCGUCGGAACCGCCGCAUUACGUGCCACGAACGAUUCUCGAUCAGAUGCUCCACGUGUCCAGUAUGGACAAGAUGGCCGAGUUCGGAAACGGAAAGCCGAUCAAGGGCGGUAGGCUGCUUUGUCUCGACGGCGGCGGUAUUCGCGGACUGGUGCUCAUACAGACGCUGCUGGAGAUCGAAUCGGUGCUAGGCAAGCCUGUGGUGCACUGUUUCGAUUGGAUUGCCGGCACGUCCACCGGCGGCAUCCUGGCGCUUGGUCUCGCCGCUGGCAAGUCUUUGCGAGAAUGCCAGGCGCUCUAUUUCCGUAUCAAGGAAGACGCCUUCGUGGGUUCACGACCCUACAACAGCGAGGGUCUGGAGAGAGUGCUGAAGGACUGUCUUGGUCAGAACACCGUCAUGGCGGACGUCAAAGCACCGAAGAUAAUGAUCACGGGUGUGCUCGCUGACCGGAAACCUGUGGAUCUCCAUCUGUUUCGUAACUACGACUCGCCCAGCACGUUGCUGAAGGUGCCGGACAACACGAUGUUCAAGCCAACAUUGUUACCGCAAGAACAGUUACUUUGGAAGGCGGCGAGGGCGACCGGCGCCGCGCCGUCGUACUUCCGGGCGUUUGGUCGAUUUCUGGACGGCGGUCUGAUUGCUAAUAAUCCCACCCUGGACGCCAUGACGGAGAUCCACGAGUACAAUUUGGCGCUGAAGGCCACUGGUCGCUCGAACGAAAUAAUACCGCUGUCGUUGGUGGUCUCGCUCGGCACAGGACUCCUGCCGACCACAUACGCCUUGAAGGAGAUCGACGUUUUCCGGCCCGAGAGUCUCUGGGAUACCGCCAAACUUGCUUUCGGCAUCUCGGCCCUUGGCACGCUGCUGGUCGAUCAGGCAACAUCGAGCGACGGCCGAGUGGUCGAUCGCGCUCGCACCUGGUGCUCCAUGAUAGGCGUGCCGUAUUAUAGAUUCAAUCCGCAACUAACGACGGAAGUCGCCAUGGACGAGAAGAGCGACGAAAUCCUGGCGAACAUGAUCUGGACCGCGAAGGCGUUCAUGCACGCGAAUCGAAACCAGAUGAAAGAACUAGCAGCUAUUAUUGGUCGCGAUACCAAUUCCGAGAACGACUAAAUAUCUUAUCAUCUCUCGGAGAAAAGAAUACCUGAUUGCAAAACUGUCGCACACAAACGUACACAUUCAAUAUAGUAAUAUACACUACGCAAAAAAUUAGGGGAGCACUUUAAAACCUGCAAAUCUUGUCGAUCUUUAAGAGGCUGUAUCUCAACUUCCAGAGAUCGUAGGAUAAUUUUUCUGCGUGCGUUUUGAAGGUUUCUAUUUUAAAAUGGCUUGAGUGAUAUUUUCCAUUCCAUUAAACUAUUUUUUUUGUGAAGAUCAAAAGCAGAUAGUGUUAGAGUCCUGGAAAUUUCAUAACUUUGCAACCUUCCACGGGCAAAGCAAGGACGAGGCGAAAAAUGUCACCACAUCAAUUUUAAAGUCGGGAACUUUCCCUUUAAAGUGCCGUUGCCCAUCAUGUGCGUGUGUGUGUGUGUGUGCGCGCGCGCGCGGUAUUGCCGCCUCUUCGGCGAAUUACCUCAAGCAAUCUAUUUCUCAUAUUGAUACAUCUACUGAUUUCGUGUUGAGGAAUUUCCUGCCAAACUUUCUGCUAAUGUCGUUGGCUGCCUUGGAUGACUUCUCAACUACUGACGACCCAUCAAGUCCCAGAUGUGUCCCAAUACUUCAUAUUGAAUAGUGCGAGCGCGCGCGCGCGUACACACACACACACACACGCGCGCGCGCGCGCGCGAUGUGCAAAUUCCGACCGAGCAACUUCCUCGUGAUAAAUAUCAGGUAACGCCGGUGGUAUUUAACAAAAAUCUUGCAAAAUGCAGGGUUUACUUUGGAACCCGAUAACUCAGCUUAUAGGCAUGCUACAGUAAUUUUCGUUGCGACAUUUUAAAGGGAAAGUUCCCGAAUUUAAAACUGAUGUGGCAUUUUUCGCCUCGUCCUUGCAUUCCCCGUGGAAGGUUACAAAGUCAUGAAAUUUCCAGGACUAACACUACCUGCUUUUAAUCUUCACAAAAAAGAUAGUUUAACGGGACGGAAAAUAUCACUUAAGCCGUUUUAAAGUGAAAAUUUCACCUUUUAAAACGCGUCAAGAAAAAUUAUCCUGUGAUCCCUGGAAGUUGAUAUAGCCUCUUAAAGAUCGAUAAAAUUUGCAGAUUUUAAAGUUCUUCCCUAAUAUUUUUGCGUAGUGUACAUCGACGAUUUACCGCUGGUUCGGUUGAUGAUUACAUAAUUAGUCUAGAGAUUCACACGUAGCCGAUAUUAACUAUUUUUUCACUGUUACCUGGAUUGCUCGACGCGGAUGUCUCGAUUAACAUGUAAGUAUUUUCUUUUUGUUCACAUAUCAUAAACAAUAUAGCAAUGUGCGAGACAUUUACGCGUAUUUGCAUAUUCCAGUAGACAAGAUGUUAGUCCAAGUAAAAUGAAAUUUUUUUCUGAUAGGAAUUUCAUGAAACGUAUAACAUUUUUUUAUACGUAUAACUAGUAAAUUCUAGUCUAAAUCCCAUUUUUGUCAUUUUUUUGUUUUUUUUUUGUUUGUUGAAUAAUUGCAAAUAGUCUCGAAGAAUGUAAAUGUUACACUGUAAGUCAAAGCAACAUCUAUAGAUAGAUCUUAUUUAUUUGUAUCGUUUACAGAGAAGAAUAAAUAAAAAAAAGAGAUUACAAA